CGAAGUGAGAAAAAGAAAUAUAAUCUAACAGGGUGGAGAAAACAUGAUGGAGAGCAGACUUAUCUCAGCUUUCAGAAAAACUAAAAACAUAGUUAAUCAAAUUUCCUCAAAUUCAAGAUUAUCAACAUCAGGGCUUUGCAUUUCCAAUGAGCCCUCCUUGCUGAUCCACUCAAAAACUUACUCUUCUUUUUCUUCUAAUCUUAUUCCUGCAAGCCAAACCAGCAUUAUCAGAAGCUUGAGUAACUUGGGAUUCAAAGCAUUUCGUCGUCAUUAUCCUAAUCAUAAGGGUUUCUGCAGACGAUCCUUUAGGAAUUUAUCCACUGCAGCAGCUGCGUCUACAGAAAAGAAGGAUGGUUUGAGGCUCCUUGUAACUGCUGGGCCUCGUGCCCAAAAGUUGGUUGGGAUAUGGCUUUUUGGAUCUGCUGCUUGGGUCUUCAGUAUGGUGGUGCUUGGCGGUAUGACACGAUUAACCAGAUCGGGGCUUUCAAUGACUGACUGGAAAUUCACUGGGAGGCUUCCUCCUCUAACAGAUGAAGAUUGGCUGGUUGAAUUUGAGAAAUAUAAACAGUCACCUGAAUAUAAACGUGUAAACAAAGGGAUGAGUAUUGAUGAUUUCAAGUUCAUUUAUUGGAUGGAGUAUGCACAUCGAAUGUGGGGAAGAGCACUGGGUAUCAUGUUUGCUCUGCCAUUCUCUUACUUUCUUCGCAAGGGUUAUAUUACUCUACAACUUGGACUUAGAUUAUCUGGGUUAUUUGCUCUUGGUGCCGGGCAGGGACUAAUAGGUUGGUGGAUGGUUAAAAGUGGUUUAGAGGCCCCUGAAUCGGAAUAUGCUGAACCAAGAGUCAGCCCUUACCGCCUAGCGGCCCAUCUUACUUCAGCAUUUGUAAUUUACAGUGGGCUCUUCUGGACUGCUCUUUCAGUUGUUAUGCCUGAACCUCCUGCUGAGUCAGUAGCUUGGGUUAAGGGUGCUGCAAAAGUUAAGCGACUUGCCCUCCCUGUGAGCAUUCUUGUCGGAAUCACUGCUGUCUCAGGAGCAUUUGUUGCAGGAAAUGAUGCUGGUCGUGCCUUUAACACUUUCCCAAAGAUGGGUGAUACAUGGGUUCCAGAAGAUAUUUUCAAUAUGAAGCCUCUUCUGCGGAACUUCUUUGAGAAUACAUCAACUGUGCAGCUAGAUCAUCGUUUACUUGCCACUACGACUUUAGCAGCAAUUGGUGGCUUAUGGUUCUCAACUCGGAACCUGGACCUGCAUCCGGCCAUACGCUCCUUGAUCGGAAGUAUAGUAGGCAUGGCUGCUCUCCAGGUCACUUUGGGGGUAUCAACUCUUUUGUCAUACGUACCUGUGUCACUUGGCACAGCUCAUCAAGCUGGAGCUCUAACGCUUCUAAGUCUGAUGCUUCUGCUCAAUCACACCGUACGUCGGCCUUCAAUGUCACUUCUGAAGACUCUGCCUCCUGUUGUAAAAACAGUCACCUAGAUGAUCAUCAGGAUAAUGUGUAUUAGACGGCGGAUUAUUUUCGGCUUCCGAUAUUUAGAUUACUUAAAAAGAAACUGCAAAUGAGAGUUCUGAAUGUAGCUGUUGUAUGGAAGAAAGAUUUGGUGCAAAAUGGUGUCUCUCUUGCAUCUGCAAUUUCUGUCAUCAGUGGGAAUGCUCAUUAUUUUAGAACCAUUGUGGUCCUUCGUGCAAUGUUUUUCAUUUUUUUUC